GGGAGUGUUGAUUUCUUAUUAACAUUUUUUUGGCCAGAGCACUCAUUGUUGACUAUCGGCCAAUCAUGGGCCAUGCGCGCCAACUGUGGGCACGGGCCGUUUUCGGAUUAGCCCCAACAGCUCCAAUCAACACUAAGCAAGGCGCGAGUGAUCCGUGACUCUAGCACCUUCACGCGAAAAGUACUUAACUCGCACUUUCUUCCACCGGCGCUCAACUUCUUCCACUUUCAUCACACUCUCCAACAUCGAACUUCUAGACUUCCCACUGAGCACUGCAUUUAGAGACCUCAGGUCUUCCAUAAUUCCAACCACUUAUCAAUUUUACGCUUCGCGCAUUUAACUCGACCAAGAUGACUGGCGGCGGCAAAUCCGGCGGCAAGGCCAGCGGAUCCAAGAACGCGCAAUCCCGUUCUUCCAAGGCUGGUUUGGCUUUCCCGGUCGGGCGUGUUCACCGUCUCCUGCGGAAAGGCAACUAUGCUCAGCGUGUCGGUGCCGGCGCGCCCGUUUACCUUGCUGCAGUUCUUGAGUACCUCGCUGCUGAAAUCCUCGAACUGGCUGGCAACGCGGCUCGCGACAACAAGAAGACCCGUAUCAUCCCCCGCCACCUUCAACUUGCGAUCAGGAACGAUGAGGAGUUGAACAAGCUGCUUGGUCACGUCACCAUCGCCCAGGGUGGUGUCCUCCCCAACAUUCACCAGAACCUGCUGCCCAAGAAGACAGGCAAGACCGGCAAGAACUUGUCUCAGGAGCUUUAAAUUUUUCUCAGUGGGGGUUCAGGUUUGCUAUUUCUGGUCGGCACGUUGGGUUCAUGAAUUGGGGUCACGGUCUCGGGUCAUCGGUUGCUUUUCGCGUGUUUGGGUGUACAUUAAUCCAUGAUGGGCAUGGUCAUGGCGAUGAAUGAGAUUCCCUCUAAACA